UAUAAUUUAGUCAAAAAUAAAAAAUCCCGGUGCGGAGGGACUAGCAAUGGCGAUUAGGGUUCUAACCAGACGAACCUUUCAUCUCGUUAUCACAUCAAAUUGCAAACCAAUCUCUCCAUUCCCAACCCCAAAACUCCAAUCUUUCUCUACAAGCCGGCCAAUUUCCUCAGAAUUGUCACAAAAAUCCCAAUACAGGAAACUAAUUUCCCUCGCAGAUGUCUUUCAAAGGUACGGUUUCCCUCCAUCUCAACUGCACGACUUCCUUGCAAAGAAUCGUUUUUUACUCAACUCCAAUGCCUCCGAAAUCGAAAAAUCCCUGAAAAUUCUGUUGUCGUUGAAGAAAUCUCAGGAAUUUCUCGUUUCGAUGGUGUACGAUUGUCCUUUGGUUUUGGAUUUUGAAUUUCUCAAGAAUUGGGAAAUGGGUACCACGGAAAUAGGGAUUUCAAAUGUUAGUUCGUUGAUGAUUCAGAAUGUUCUUGAGGUUUCAAGGAAGUUCAGUUUAGGCCCUGAAGAUCUUUCUAGGUGUAUACAGCGUUUCAAGGGUUUAGGGUUUUGUGAUGGUACUGUAACUAGGGUUUUAGAGGAGUUUCCAUUGGUAAUUGUGAUGAAUGAGAAUAGAAUUCAUGAGAGAAUUGAAUUCUUGAUGGGAAUUGGAAUUGAUAGGAAUCGAAUUGAUUCGAUUUUCAGCUUGUUUCCUGGUAUACUGACUUGUGGGGUGCAAAAUAAGCUGAAGCCCUUGUUUGAUGAAUUUGAGGAUUUGGGUUUUAGCCUGGAUGUGGUUAGGAGAGAAAUUCUUAGGGACCCAACUCUUCUUGGGUUGGAAUUAGGGGAGCUUUCUCGAUGUUUGGAACUGCUGAGGACUUUGAAGUGUCGGAUACCUAUCAAAGAGAGAAUUUACAGUGAGGGAACUUUUAGGGCCGGGCUUGAGGUGAAACGGAGGGUUGAUUGCUUAUGCAGAUAUGGGUUGAUACGAAGGGAUGCUUUUAAGGUGUUGUGGAAAGAGCCAAGGGCAAUAUUAUAUGAGAUAGAGGACAUUGAGAAGAAAAUUGAGUUUUUAGUUCAUAGGAUGAAAUUUGAUGUUCUUUGGCUGGUUGAUGUUCCCGAGUACUUGGGGGUGAAUUUUGAGAAGCAGAUUUUUCCUCGAUAUAAUGUGAUUGAGUACUUGAGAUCAAAAGGUGGGCUUGGAAAUGAAGUGGGAUUGAAGGGUUUGAUCAAACUCAGUAGGCUGAGAUUUUACAAUCUCUAUGUGAAGCCAUAUCCGGAGUGUGAAAAAUCACUUUGGGAGUUUGCAGGAGAUGCUGAAGUUAAAAACCGACAUCCUGUUGGAAUGUGGAAACUUUUCAAACCAAAAAAGUAUCCGGAGUCCAAAGUAGAUCUUGAGAACAUUAAGUCUUUCAUGGAAUCGGUCGUUUAGUGGAGGGUAAUUUGUUAAUUAUAAAUUAAUUUGAAAUUUUUUGGUUGUUUGUCAUCUGAUCUUAUUGAACGGAUACAUUCUUGAUGGCAUGAUAGCACCUGGUGAAGAACUUCAAACUUGCAUUGUUGAGAAAGGCACUUAAUAAAGUCAAAUGAGCCACCAUAUAUUUUCCUUUUUCACUUUGGUGCUGAAGUGAAAUGUCCAGGAUAAGAGAUUCCUUAUGGAAGAUGGUGGCACUUCUCAAGAAUGCAUCAAACUUUCAAGAACUAUGCUUCUCAUCGCAACUAUGUGAAUCUUUAUUACAAUACCUUACCCCCUAUACUGAACUCUUUGCCGUAUGGAUUUGUAACCCAAUCUGCUCAUGGCCUCUAGUCUUUGAGUUGUUAUAAUGAAAUCGUAGUUGAUUGGGUUUGCCAGCGAGUUUGCUAGUCAGAAGGUGGUUUUGGAUGUUCAAGCAGUGAAAGGAACUACGAGCAAAUCGAUUUCAAGAAGUUUGAUCCUAGUAAGUUCUAAAUAAACACAUCUAAGUAGACGCACGCACGCACACGCACAUAAUUAUCUACAUGAUAUUUUAGAUAUUUUCUUUAAUGGACUUUUUUGCUUAAUUUAAGAAUUACAUGAUGUAGAUGGUAUUAGUAACACAUUGAAAGGAUCGUCUCCAGUUUGAUGAAACCAUUUUGAUCCCUUUAUGUUCUUAUUACAUCUUGCGUUAGAAUUUCAUACCCAGAAAAAAAAAACAGCUUUUUCUCCCAAGGGAAGAUUGCUUCCUGUAGAUUGUAAUGGGUUGCAAAGAGUACAGAGGAAAAUCAGGAAAAAAUCAAAUUGAGCAGGUUGGGAUUGGGGUGAUAUCUAUAAAAUCUCUCUUAGUUUAAUUUUUUUUUUUCCAUAAGAUUCCAGACAUUCAUUGAGUUCUUUCACGUAAUUCAUAUAGUGUAAAUUGUAGCAUUGCACCAUUACCAUUCUGAGUCUGCUAUGAAGUUGAGGAAGUUCACCCGGUGGCAUGGCAAGGGCUAGGGCACUUGUGAAGUGCAAUUAGGCACCCCUUCGAUACCGAUAAAGUAUAUCUUUUUCGAAACUAGCCUCUGUAUGCUCCUUUCUUUUUUUGUCUGUGGGAUUUAGAGAUGAUGGUGCCCUAUCCAAAUGUAGAACUACAGUAAGAGGCUUUGCUACUGGAUCUUCUCUAUUUAAAGCUGAGGAACCCAGACUCCAUGUGACCAAAGACGUCUUUGCAAAACUAUGAGAUGUUUGGAUGGUGUUUGUGAGCUGAUCCAGCAUGCCUGAGUGCCAGAGGUUUGUUAUCUUUGAGAUACCUAUUAUGCUUUAGGAGCCUUAAAUUAAUUAAUAUUUGUGCUCUAGCUUGUGCUAAGAGGUAACAAUAACUCAUACAUAUAUGUGUGUGUAUAUACAUAUGUAUAUAUAGGAAAGGGAAAGAAAUAACUAAUGCAUAUGUGAUCUGCUCAUUCUUUAUUCAUUAGAACAAUACAAGGUAGUAAAGUAGGGCUAGUGGAACACAUUUACCAUGAAGGUUUAAUUUUAUGUUUAAAGCUGUGUUUGUUAUA